AUGAAAAGGACCUUCAAGCCUAUAGGUUUAGAUCAGUUCUCUUUGGAACCACCUGCUCGCCUUUUCUACUCCAGUCGAACUUGCAAUAUCACUUUGAAACCUACCCCACUUGAGAUGUCUGAUAGGAAAUUUGCUGAAGACCCCAUCCAACAGCUUUGGACCCUAGAAUUAGUCGGAAUUGUUGAUCAAGAUAUGUCACCUGAGGAUAAAUUUGUACUGGAAGAAUUCAAGAAUUCCAUCAAUAUGGUUGAAGGACGAUAUGAGGUAUCUCCCCCCUGGAAAGUCGAUAAGAAACAACUUCCUACCCACUUAGCACUCUCGAGGAAAAGACUGAACAGUACUAUUCACAAGCUGAAACAAACUAAUAAAUAUCUGGAAAUUUAUGACCAGAUCAUCAAAGAACAACCGUCUCUCGGCUUCAUUGAACAGUGCCAGAAGAAGACCACAAGUUGA